AUGGUAGAAAAACCUAGCAGCUUCAGAUGUCUCCAAGUGGGCGAUAUCACCAAGACAGAUAAGCACUUGGCUACCAGCCUCCUGAUGCCUAAGAUCUUAACUGCAGUGCUCGCAGAAGGAAACCUUCUCUCGGUCCUCCAGUUUGCCGAUGUAGGUGCUGAUCAACGUAUUCCUGCUCAACACCAACCUCCCGGACCUCUGGAUGCCCUCUACCACCUCGUCCACAGUUACCUGGAUGUGAUCCAACAGAAUCCUUUCCCCACAGAGCUCCUGAAGGAUGUCCUGAAUGAGCCACCAACUGCUACAACUUCUCAGGUGAAAUCCUUCGAUAACCAGGCCGGAUAUGUUGUUUGCGCUGCAAUUGCAGUUCUUUAUUUUGUGGUGGUGCCCCUGGUCGGACUGACUUGCUGCUUCCAGAAAAACCGGCACUGCGGUGGAGGACUCCAGGCCUAUCGUCGCUCUCUGCUCUGCCAGCGGAACCUUAUCAUGGUCUCUCUUCUCACCACCACCCUCGUCCUCCUGUGAGGGUGUGUUAUCUGUGCUUUUGCUGCCAACCAGAAGGAAGAGGAGAUGGACCCUGGUGCCCGAGAUGCACUCAACACCCUGAGGACUUUGAGGAGCCAUCUGAAUGGGAUCCCUCGACCGGUGGAACAGUUUAGAGUGCCCGAAAGGCAGAUUCUCGGUGACCUGAAUAAUAUUAGCUGGAGCAUUGGCAGCACCAUUCACUUCCUGCUGAAGGAAACCGUGUCUUCUGCUAUGGCUGCCAUUAAGGGCAGGGUGCAAGACCUAGAGAGCUCCCUGCACCACUUACAUGCGAUUCACAGGACCGUCCAGGCCUUGAUCCGGGACCAGGAUGAGCUGGCAUCAACCCUGCAGGACCAGAAGCAAAGCCUCACAUCUCUCCUGGAAGAGCCCCGUUGCACGUACUGCAUGGGGGCCCUCAGCAGAGCUCAGGAUUUGAAGCUGGGAGCUGACUUCCAAAAUGUGCCUUCUGUUGAAAGAGUUUUGAAAAAUUUGUAUGGGCUACCUCAGACGAAUUUCUCUGAAAUGAUUCAGAAAGCCAACAGCAGUUUCAAUACAAUUCCACAGUUUACGGUAAUGAAAAUGGACAAAGUUGUUCAAGAGUUGAAGAAGGACAUUGAGAGAGUUGCCCAAAGAGUCCGGUACAUUGAAGAUGACUUCCCCAUCUCUGACCAGACCCGUCCCAUGAAGGAGGCCUUGGUGAAGGCAGAGAAUGUUAGCCACCCUUUCCUGAAGGAGGUGAAGCGUUUUGAGACCUACAGGUGGAUUGCAGGUACAAUAGCAUGCACAAUUAUCCUGCUGAUAGUCUUCUGUAACAUUCUGGGCCUUUCCUUUGGCACUUACGGGUUGGUUGUGCGAGACGAUCCCAGUGACUACGAGAGUCGGGCUGAAGCUGGAGCCAAAUUUCUCAUCACUGGUGUCACCUUCAGCUUCCUCUUCUCCUGGAUUCUGAUUCUCUUGGUCGCCGGCACCUUUCUGAUGGGGGGAAACAUCCAAACGUUAGUGUGCAAACCUUGGGCCAGUCAAGAGAUAUACACAUUUAUUGACACCCCUGGCAACCUCCCGCCUUCCGUGAAUGUCUCUCGAUAUCUUGGCUUAAAGCAGAAUCUCAACCUCACGUCGGCAUAUCAGCAGUGCAAGAACGGUGCAGGCCUCUGGGAAGUUCUGCAACUGAAGGACCAGUACAGCCUCAGCGAGCAUCUCAGCGUUGCCAAGUACACAGCAGAGUUUCAGGAACGUCUCCGUGCCAUCAAUUUGCCUUUUGAAGACAUCAUUUUGUUGAGCGCAGGGGGCAGGCAGGAUUUGGAGACCUUCAGAAAGAGCCAGGUGGACUUGGUCAACUACGCUGACUUCACGGCAGAGAUGCGCAACCCUGUGGUGGGGACCAAUGUAGAAGGACUGGCAGUAGAUCUUGAAAGGUUGAGUAACGUUCAGAGUGACAGGAUUCUGGCAGAACGAUUGGUGGAGGAAGCUCAGGAGCUCAGGAGAAUCCAGGAGCAGAUGGUCCUCCCAAUGGAGACCCUCGUGGCACAACUGAAAGAAAGUGUCCAGUUUUUAGCAACCAUGUCACCUAGCUUCCAGGCUCAAUUCAACAAUACCGAGUCCCAGAUCACCCUUGUGGAGGCCAUUCUCCCCUUACAGACAAAGAAGAUUCUGAGACAGGAGUUGGACUGCUUUGUAAGAAAAGAAUUGGGGUACAUCUCCCAGUACCUGGACUGGAUGAGGACUUCGCUGACUAAGGAUGUGGCCUCCUGCCAGCCCUAUUCUACCGCUCUGGACAAUGGCCGAGUGAUCUUGUGCAAUCGCAUCAUGGAUCCUUGGAAUGCCUUUUGGUUCAGCCUGGGAGGAUGCACCUUCUUCCUUCUUCCUGGUAUGUUUCUCGCCCUCAAGAUGAUGAAGCAUUUUCGUCCAAUUCGGCACAAAUUAGUUUCUACUGGAUCAGAUGAAACAUUUCCCUUCCACAUCCCACGGGUCACGUCUCUGCGGCUGUAA